ACUCCUCUCGCGGUUGCGCUCGCACUCUGCUUUCCCCCGCUGGACCUUUGCAUUAAACUCGCUCUGCUCUUUCUCUGUGCGCGUGUGGAUACAAUGCAACUUUGUGUGAUGCUGAUUUAAAGGGGGAGACCCAGACCCGAGCCAAGCCGAGCUGAACCAAGACCUGUCCACAACCCGCUUUCUCCAGCCGAUCACACCACCAUCCAAUCUGAGUGGCGACGAGGAGGAGGCACGCGGCUGAAGCCAUGCCCUGUGUCCAGGCUCAGUACGGCUCCUCUCCGCAGGGCGCCAGUCCGGCGUCCCAGAGCUACAGCUGCCCGGGGAGUGGCGAGUACAGCUGCGACUUUCUCACACCCGAGUUUGUGAAGUUCAGCAUGGACCUGACUAAUACUGAGAUCACGGCGGCCACCACGUCGCUACCCAGCUUCAGCACAUUCGUGGACAGCUACAACGCUGCGGGCAGCACUGCCAGCGGCACCAGUGCCAGUGGUGCCAACCUGGGCUACGACGUGAAGCCACCCUGCUUGUACCAGCUGCCCCACUCUGGGGACCCUUCAACCAUCAAGGUUGAGGACAUGGCCCUGCAUGGUUACGCCCACCACCACCACCACCCUCAUCCUCACCACCCCCACCAGGGCCAUCUGGGCCCUCAACCCGAGGAGAUCAUGGUGACCCAUUCGGGUUCCGUCUACUUCAAACCACCCUCGUCCUCCUCUUCCUCCUCCUCUUCCUCCUCUUCUUCAUCCUCCUCGCCCCACGCGCACGCGCCCAGCACCCCGGGCUUCCAGCUACAGGCCGCUCCCGCGUGGGAGGACCCGGCGGGCCCCCUGCACGCCUUCCACCACAGCUACGUCCUGGAGCAGCGCAAGCACAACCCGGUUUCCAGGCUCUCCUUGUUCUCCUUCAAGCAGUCUCCGCCCGGCACGCCCACAGUCUCGAGCUGUCAGAUGCGCUUCGAUGGCCCGCUGCAUGUGGCCAUGAGCCACGAGCCGUCCGCGCCGCCGCCUCCGCACGGAGCCCCUGGCUUCGCAAUGCCCGGCGCGCUCAGGAAGCAGGCGGCCGUGGCCUUCCCGCACGCGCUCCCACUAGCCGGCCACCAUGGGCACGCUCACCCGCACGCCCACCAGCUGCUGGACGCGCAGAUCCCGUCGCCGCCGUCGCGCGGCUCGCCGUCCAACGAAGGCAUGUGCGCCGUGUGCGGGGACAACGCCGCGUGCCAGCACUACGGGGUCCGCACGUGCGAGGGCUGCAAGGGCUUCUUCAAGCGCACGGUGCAGAAGAAUGCAAAAUAUGUGUGUUUGGCAAACAAAAACUGUCCUGUGGAUAAGCGCCGGAGAAACAGGUGCCAAUACUGCCGCUUCCAGAAGUGCCUUGUUGUCGGGAUGGUCAAAGAAGUUGUUCGGACUGCUAGUCUGAAGGGCCGAAGAGGCCGUUUGCCGUCCAAACCCAAAAGCCCCCAGGAGCCCACUCCUGCCCCCCCACCGGUCAGUCUCCUCAGUGCACUGGUCAGAGCCCAUGUGGACUCCAACCCCUCCAUGUCCGCACUGGAUUAUUCCAGAUUCCACGCCAGCCCUGACUACCAGCUGAGUGGAGACGACACGCAGCACAUCCAGCAGUUCUAUGACCUCCUGACGGGCUCCAUGGACAUCAUCCGGGCGUGGGCCCAGAAGAUUCCUGGCUUUACGGACCUCCCCAAGCAAGACCAGGACCUUCUGUUCGAGUCUGCAUUCCUGGAGCUUUUCGUCUUGCGUCUGGCCUACAGGUCUAACCCGAUGGAGGGUAAGCUGAUCUUCUGCAAUGGUGUAGUGCUGCACAGGCUGCAGUGCGUGCGCGGCUUUGGCGAAUGGAUCGACGCCAUCGUGGAGUUUUCCUCCAACCUUCAGAGCAUGAACAUUGACAUCUCUGCCUUCUCCUGCAUCGCAGCGCUCGCCAUGGUCACAGAGAGACACGGGCUGAAGGAGCCGAAGAAAGUGGAGGAGCUCCAGACUAAGAUCGUGAACUGUCUAAAGGACCAGCUGGCCUUCCCCGGGGGAGGAGGAGGGGGAGGCGGGGGUGGUCCUGCCCGGCCUGCCCCCCUGUCCCGCCUGCUGGGGAAACUGCCCGAGCUGCGCUCGCUCUGCACUCAAGGCCUGCAGCGCAUCUUCUACCUGAAGCUGGAGGACCUGGUGCCCCCGCCCGCAAUAAUAGACAAGCUGUUCCUGGACACGCUGCCCUUCUAGAGACUCUUUCACACCGACCUCAGAGAACUGACUGCUUCCACAGACUCCUUACACCUCUCCUCUCCCCCUUUUCAAUGAUUAUUGCUGUUACUGGUUCCACGACUGACAUCCAGCUGUUCGGAUCAUCAAACCAAACCAAACCAAACCAAACGAAGAGAGAUAGUCUUCAACAAGUGAUGCAGUUUUCUUCUUAUUAUUAAUAUUAUUUUUGCUUUCUGUUUCUUUUUAUUUUCCCUUUCGACCUUCGAAACAUUCAAAGAUAUAAAUAAACGACCCGCGGGGGGAAACAGUCCUAGUUUGCGUAAUUUUACUCCGACAAAGGCGGGAGGAGCUCUUAUCACUCCGCACUGACAUCAUUAACGAGAAAAGACAUCCAACGAUAAAAUCCCUGGAAAAUCACCCAGUAAAUGUAAUAUAAUCCAUUUAUAUAUACAUAUGCGAUAGAUUUAUUCGCGUAAUUUUUAAGUGUAUAAA